GGUUCGUCUCCGAUGACAUACUUCAUGCUGGACCUCCAUGCUAAACCCUAUAAAAAUAGGGAUAAGUCUUUGCUUUCGGGAAAAUCCUAGAACGGCAUUUCGGUACUCUCGGCAUGGUAACCCAAAUAGGAAACAAGGCCAUUUAGGUGAGGCAAGAAGAUCGUCUGCGAGCCUGCCUCGGCUCACGGUUAUUGGUAAACCUUGAGUAUUUCAACGAUUUUGUCAUCAAACACAGCAGCGUUUGAAUGUUUGAGCAAAACUGCAUCGGAAGACAUACGCAAGUUUGGAAAAAGCGCCUUGAGAUUUUUGUGGAUUUCAGUGAAUAUUGCAACGCGAUUGCUUCGGAGAAAGGUCUGGUAAUCUAUUGAUACGAAAGGAGAAGCAUCGAAUUACGACACGAUACACUACCUGGAUGAUCUUGGUUGCGGUGUAGUGUUUAUUAUAGAUUUUGACUGCAUUGGAUCGGUCCGCAUUGCAGUAAGCGUACAUCACGCCAAACGUUUGAUCUAGAAGCGGAAAGAGACACAGUUUGGUUCGGAAGGGUAGUUCGGACGAAAAAGAGACGAUUCGCGCAUAUAUAAGAGACCAGCUGCAGACACAUUAUCAAGAUGGACGGUCAAAAGAUUAAACGUUCAAAGAACAUAAUGGCUCAAUCAACAUAUCAAUCGGUGGUCUUAGCAAAGCGUCCUACUGGACAAAUUGUUCCAGGAGAGACUUUCGAGAAGAAGGAGAAUCCAAUGGUAACGGAGGCAGAUCUUAAGGAUGAUCAAGUCCUGGUUGAAGUGUUAUACCUUUCAUUGGAUCCGGCCAUGCGAGGUUGGUUAAAUGACAGAAGAUCAUACGUUCCACCUGUACAAAUUGGUGAGGUCAUGCGUGGUGUUUCCAUUGGAAAAGUCAUCGCCAGCAAAUCAUCAAAGUUCAAUGUCGGCGACUACGCAUCCGGUAUUACAGGAUGGAAAGAAGUAGCCAUCAUGGCUUCCAAAGAUCUCACACCCAUUGAGCUUCCACCCAACGGCAAGCUCACCGAUGCCCUUGGUGUUCUUGGAAUGACUGGUCUUACCGCCUACUUUGGAAUUCUCGAAGUUGGAAAAAUCAAGGCUGGAGAUUUCGUUGUAGUAUCUGGUGCCGCCGGUGCUACUGGAAGUGUUGUGUGUCAAAUUGCUAAGCUCAAGGGAGCCAAGGUUUUGGGUCUUGCUGGAAGUGAUGACAAAGUACAAUGGUUGAAGGAAUUGGGUUGUGAUGAUGCUUUGAACUACAAGGAUAAGGAAUUCCCAUCUAAGUUCAAGGCUGCUACACCAAACUUCAUCGAUGUAUUCUUUGACAAUGUCGGAGGAGAGAUUUUGGAGCUUGCUCUCAGCAGAGCUAAGCCAUUCUCAACUUUCGUUAUGUGUGGUGCUAUCAGUCAAUAUAACUCUGAUACUCCAGUUGGACCAAAGAAUUUCUCAAUGAUCAUCGCAAUGAGAAUUCGUCUUCAAGGUUUCAUCGUCUUCGAUUACGCAUCCAAGUAUGCUGAAGCCCGUAAGGAGAUGUCUCAAUGGUUGGCAGAAGGCAAACUUCAAAGAAAGGAGACUAUUGUCAAGGGUGGACUUGGUGUUGCCGAAAAAGCUUUAAUGGAAUUGUAUCAAGGUGUUAAUACUGGUAAAUUAUUGGUCGAGAUUAAGGAAGAUAGUUCUGUUGGUUCCCGUUUGUAAGAGAUACCUAAAUUGAUUAAUACAUGAAUGAUGAAACAUACACACUGUAUAUCCCACGAGUUCCCUUCAAGAUGUUGUUAGAAACGUCUUAUUCUGUUUCACAGCCAGUGUUGAUCUUGUGAAAAAAUGUGUUACAUAGAUGUAAUGAAAUCUCAAAUUCCUAACUUGAUUUGCA